AAGGCAUCUCCCGCCUACUACUACUGCUAUACUAGUACCAACACCAUUUUAGUGACUUAACAGUCGAACUCGAAAUGGCUAAUAAUAGACUUCGUCGUAGUCAUUGUAUUACUGUAGUCCCCAUGACUUUGGUAGCUUAACCAGAUCCUGGAACCCCCAAAAAUCCAUCUGGCAGCUCGCAGAUAUGGAUGAAGUUGGUACUGUUGUUUUGGAGGUGAAGGACAUAGAUUGGGAGGGAUCACAUACGAUUCCAACUUUUGACGAUGUUAAAGUCGAGGAGAUGACACCCGAUAAUUACAUAGGUGAUCAUGACAUUGGAAAUGCUUGUGACAGAAAUAUAGCCGAAGGAAAAAAUGUUAUUGAGAGUGUUAUCGUUGGAUCUGCUGAGGACAGCGUUAGAGAAAUUAUAUUUUCACCCUCUGUGAAAGAGUCAUUGAAGGCCAGCCCUCUUGACAUGAAGGAAAUCAUUAAGUUUGAUUCAACAAAUGGGAAGGAUUUGAUAAUGCUUAAUUCACCAGAAGUGAAAUCUCCUUCAAAAACUGAAGGCAAAGUCAGGAAAAAGUAUUCUGUUCCACAGAAGUUUAAUUGUGAUCUUUGUAAUUUGAAGUUUGUAAGUCAUUGUAGUCUUCAGAUACACUUAAGACGACACAUGGGUUACAAACCAUUUGCAUGUGAACUUUGUGACUUGGCAUAUCCCACAAAAACUCAGUUGGUAAGACACAUGAAAAAUCACACCAACAAACUUGAACAUUUUUGUGGAGAGUGUGGUAAAAGUUGUUUAGAUAUUGGUACCUUAAAGAAACAUGCUAAGUUUAAACAUGGUGCAACUGAGGACACUUACAACUUGUAUAGAAUAAAAGAGGAGUUAACAGAAGAUGGGGAGAAAGUAAUUUUCAUUAAGACAUACCGAAAUGGUGAAACAAACAUUCGACGGUUUAGGUUAGUUCCAAGUGCUGAUGCACAAAUUGAAUGUUGUCAGAAUGCGAAGGAGAGUAAAAUCUUGUAAAAUGAAGGAAUUAGCAUGUUUUUUAUUUGGUUAAGUUCAUCAGAUUAUAUUACUCAUGAAUUUUUUUUUGUGAAUGUAAGUCUUCCAUUUGUAAUAAUGUCAAGUAAUAAAACUAAAUAACUGAGUGCUAUCAUUGCUCAGAAUAAAAGUACAUAUAUAUUUAUAGUUUAAGCUAAAUUAUUUGAAAUUAUAAUUCUGCCAAGUAUCCCCAAAUUGUAUUAUAUUACUUUUUAUAAAUACAUAGUGAAGUUACUGUAUUUCA